AUGGAUGUAUGCGACAAUGUUGUUGCUCUGAGUGAACGUUACCUUGCUGGAGAAGGCUUCCACGUGCCUAGCCCGAAGAACAUCGACACCAAGCUUCAAUUACCACUAACCCUAGUUAGAAGCGUGCCAGUGUCUCCAACAGCAGCCGUGUUUGUGCUGCAAUACCCACAAGAACUGGAAGAAGAGUUCAGAUCCCACGUAUUUGCACAUUACGUGUUGCACGGCAGGCACUUCGAGCCGUCUGUGGAGGGGUAUUGGAACGGUAUCAAGUCUCCUGUAGAGGAGGAUAACCAUGUAGCACGCAAAUACACGCCGAUUUUUGUCGACGCGGAUCGCCGAGAAGUCCAUUUCCUCAUACGUAUAUAUCGCUGCUGUCCAGAUUACGUGGACGGUGGACGGCUGACGCGGUGGCUUGAGUGCGUCGAUCCGCAGGGGCAGAUCCUGUUAAAUCCGUGGUUUACGAAGUAUUCGCUUGGGAAAGACGGCUUCAUAGGCCCCGCCAACGGUGAGCCGGUAGAACACCGGACGCUGAACAUAGUUGCCGGUGGCACGGGAAUAACUCCAUUCGUGCGGUUCCUUAUACACAACAAAAAAGCCCACGUUAAGCUCCUCUACUGCAACAAGACAUUGCAAGAAAUUCUGCUUAAGCCGCUCAUUGACCAGCUGAGAUAUCGAGGUAACUUCGAGGUGAGAUAUCUGGUGACCUCGGAGGACCCUGCCGUCGUUGACAGCUUCACACCCACAAAGGACGACAACAUUUUUUUCGGAAAACUAUCGCGCAAGUACAUCGAGGACUUCUUCGAACGCGAGGAUAGCGUCACAAUAUCGUGCGGGCCGCCUGGCAUGAUGAUGACGGUUAAAAAAAUCACCUCAGAGUUGGGAUUACGCACGUUGCUUUAG